AUGGCUACACCCAGAACCAAAAACCCGGUUCCUCCAUGGAUUGAGAACCCGUACCCGCACGUCGAGCACAGUCUAAUAACAUUUCCUCGAAGACAUCUCCUUCUCGUGACAAUCAAUCGACCCGAGCACAUGAACUGCCUCCCAGUCGAAGCAACCAUCGAACUCGGGGCGCUGUGGAAGUGGUACGAUGCUGAAACUGAGCUGCGAUGCGCUGUCUUCACAGGGGCGGGAACUAAGGCUUUCUGCGCCGGCAUGGACAUGAAACAAAGGUUGGAUAUCAUCAAGACGAAUGACGUUGCCUUCGAGUACCCUUCGGGCCAGUUUGCGGGCAUGAGCAAUCGAACAGGAAGGAAACCUAUCAUCGUAGCGUGUAACGGUCACGCACAUGGUGGCGGUUUCGAAGCCAUUCUCAACGCGGACGUAAUAUUUGCCUCGCCAAACGCCACUUUCCGUCUUCCCGAGGUGCUACGAGGCGUCUCUGCCCUCGCUGGCGCGUUGCCUCGGUGCAUGAUGCUUUUUGGCAACCACCGAACGAUGGACUUGAUUCUCACCGGCCGGGAGAUGUCUGUGGAAGAGGCGCAUAAGUGGGGCUUGGUAAAGGAGAUCGUGCCGCAAGAGAAGCUUAUCGAAAGGACGCUUGACUAUGCCGAUCAAAUCGCGGCAUUGAGCCCGGACAGCGUUAUCAUUUCACGAUUAGCGGCACGGGAAGCUUGGGAGACGGGCGUGAGCAGGGCGACGAUGCGCGGCCAAGAGCUGUGGCGGGAGGCGAUGUUGAAAAGUAAGAACGCGACUGAGGGUCUCGCUGCGUAUCGUGAAAAGAGAAACCCUAGGUGGUUUCCAUCCCACCUGUAG